AUGGCUUCUUCAAGCCCAUCAUCAUUAUCACCUCCUAUUAUUCUUGUACCAGCUGAAAGUUUAACGGGAAUUAAUAGUGGACCUGCUGUUUCUGUGAAACGUCUUUCAGAAUCAAAUAAAAACUUCAGUGCUCAGGAAGUAUUUUAUUCCAAUGUCAAUGCAUUAAGACGAGAAGUAAAAGCAUUAUUCACAUUUCAUCCAGCAGAAUGGAUCAGUGCAUUUAGACGCAAUCCAAAGUUUCCAUUAUUUGUUUUUGGUGACAUCGAUGGAUUUGUUGCUCUAUUUAUGAAUAAUUUAGCAACAUUAUUAGCUGUUAUAUUAGGUCUUAGAAUUGUAUUCGAGAAUGAUAUUAUUUAUGGAAAAAUUAUUCCUGGUGUAUCAUUAUCUAUGUUAUGGGGAAAUCUAUAUUAUGUGUAUAUGGCAAGAAAACUAGCUUAUAAAGAAAAUCGUGGUGAUGUAUGCACGAUGCCAUAUGGUAUCAACACACCGGGAGCAUUUGCUUUUAUUUUUAGUAUAAUAUUGCCAACUUAUUUUGGAUGUAUUAAUGGUCAGAGUGGUCGUAAUAAACGAGAAUGUGAAGAAUUAGCUUGGUAUGUGGCAUUAGCAAGCAAUUUUACAACAGGCAUUAUUCUUCUUCUCUUAUGUGUUGUUGGCGAAUUUAUUAGAAAAAAUACACCUGGUGUUGCACUUCUUUCAUCAAUUUCAGGCAUUGGUUUUACUUAUUUAGCAUUAAACGAAUAUUUGCCAGUAGCUGCAGCACCUAUUGUAUCUUUUUUACCAUUUGCAAUUGUUAUGCUUGGUUAUUUUUCUGGAGUAAGAUUUGGCCCUGUACCAGUUGCAUUUGUUGCUCUAGUCGUUGGUACCAUUCUUGGAUGGUCAACAUCAUUGAAUAAAGCUGUAGAUGUACGAAAUGCAGCAUUAAUUGUUAAACCGUAUCCAUUAGUAUUUCCUAUUCAAGCAAUGUUUUCACAUAUAAAUGAAAUAACUCCAUAUCUGUCGACAACAAUACCAACAGCCAUAUCAAUUGCAAUUGGAACAAUACAAUGUGUUGAAUCAGCUAAAAGAGCCGGAGAUUUCUAUCCGACACGUGAAGCUAUGUUUGCUGACGGUAUUGGAACAUUGAUUGCAAGUCUUUUUGGAUCGAUACUUGGAAUGACAACGUUUAUUGGUCAUCCAGCAUUUAAAAAAAUGGGUGCUAAACAAGCUUAUUCAAUAGCCAAUGGCAUUGCAUUUUUACCUUUAUGUUUUUUUGGUAUAAAUGCUCUUUUGCUUUCAAUAAUUGCUAUCGUCUCAGUUAAUCCAAUUAUUAUAUUUAUUGGUCUUGUGAUUUGUGCCGAUACUCUUGCCAUAACACCUAAACGUCAUUAUCCAGCAUUUCUUCUUGGUCUUAUGCCAAUUGUAGCUGAUUGGGCUAAGGGUACAAUAAUAAGUGGUGUUUCAGAUGCUUAUACAAGUUUUGUUAUAAAUCAAACUGAAUUUAAUCGAAAUGUAACUGCACACAUAUCUGGAUUUUCAUAUAGUGGUCUAUUGAAUUUUUCUGGUGGAAGUCUUCUUCAAUGUAUAUUUAUCACCGCUAUUUUCAUGUAUAUGAUUGAUAGAAAAUUUAUUCGAGCUGCUAUAUGGUCGUUAUUAGCAGCAGUUUUCGCUUUUUUUGGUUUAAUUAAUGCGCCUGGUGUUGGAGUUUUAACAAAAAAAAACGAUGAUGGAUGGAGAUUUACUGUUGGUUACAUUAUGAUGGCAGCUUUAUUUGUUUGUUUUGAAUUCGCUCAACGACAGCAUUGGGUUAAACAUCCUGAAACAGAACCAGAUGAUUUAUCAUCCAUUGAAUGGGCCGAAUGGAAUAGAGAAAAAUUAUUAGAGGAUGAAAAUAAUAACGAAGAAAAUGUUUAG